AAUGUGCAACAAGUUCGCCAUCUUGAGGUUGGGCGCAAGGGGACAUACAUCGCUAAGAAAAUGCCAACCACAGCCAAACUAGAAGCAGGCAAGAAAUACUGGUGGUGUAAAUGUGGCCUCAGUAAGAAACAGCCUUUUUGUGACGGCGCUCACAAGCCGACCAAAUUCAAACCUGUGAUGAUCAUGGUCGACAAACCCAAGACGGUUCUACUAUGCCGAUGCAAGCAGACCAGCAAAGAGCCCUACUGUGACAUGACUCAUGUCGGAGUCAUGUUCUCAUCCUUUGGUAAACGACUGGGGCUUGUCAAGUAA